AUGCAAUGCAUUGUGGGUAUUAACUAUGACAUCGAAAAUGCAACGGAAUUCAUAUUGACGUUAAACAAUAUUGAAGCCGACACACCUGAUUUAUACAUUCCGGUCGAAAAUUGUGUUUGGCAACGUGCUGAACCGACUGUGACGGCAUAUGUGAUUUACGCUUUUAUCGUGCCCAUAUUCUCAUGUUUCGGAUUAUGUGCAAAUUUCAUUAAUGCUAUAGUUUUUAUGCGUCCUAAUAUGACGCCAUCGGCAUUUUCCUACCUCGCUGCGCUCGCGUGGCUGGACUGCUUUUCCUGCUUGCUCAUUUUAUUUACAGCACUCUCGCGGAGUAUUUUCUUCUACAGCCAUUUCUGGAUGGCGUACGAUUUUCAAUGGCAAACACCGUUAUUUGGCAUCAGCACCGGUGCGGCGAAUCUUUUACUUGGCAGCGUUAGUUGUGACCGUUGGAUUUACUUAAAUUACGGCAUCUUCAAUGGUUGUGGGCCACCGCGUUUUUGUCGGCGCAAAAUAGCACGGCGUAUUAUUGUUAUAGUUAUUAUUAUUUCGGUGAUUCUAAAUAUGCCUUAUUUUUUCAUUUUCGUGGUAAAUGACGACGGUACUUUUAUAACACACAAAUUAUACUAUACCAUUUAUUACAAAAUACACAACUGGUGUUCCUUCACACUGUUGACAGUGCUACCAGCUAUAUUCCUCAUGAUCGGCAAUAUAGCCAUAAUUGCAGCUUUUCGACGUUGGACCAAACAGAGCAAAAAAUUUGAGCGAUAUGGAAAUAAUAAUGCAAAAACAGCAAAAAAGCGUUAUCAUCAUCAGCUUAAACUAACUAUAACAAUUAUAAUUUUAAUUAUACUGUACAUGAUUGGUGAGUUGCCCGCAGCGCUUACCUCGCGUAAAAAUGCACUAAAUUUGAUUUUUGGUGGCGACGUAUCUCGUGUAAAUUUUGACUUGAUGGCAAAGCUGGAUAUGAUUUGUCUAACCUUGAAUGCGCUGCAGCUUAGUAUAAAUAUACUCGUCUAUGCUGUAAUCAAUCCCUCCUUUAUGCCCGAAUUCUUUGAAUGUUUACGCGCCGCAUCCGAUUUUUGCUGCAAUAUACUUUGUUGUCGUUGUCUACGCUGUUCGCGGUGCUUUUGUUGCACCACGCAUCACACAAGUUCGCAAGCAGAGAACGAUUCGGCAGAAUAUGGUUGCGAACAAGCAACAGUUGACGGGCGCAUUGAUGGCAACAGUGUUGGAACAAAUGGUAAUUGGGAUACAGAUCCAGAAGAUGCUGGUGGCUUGCCUGGCUGCGACUUGUAUCGCUAUUGGCGGAAUAACGUAUCAGCGCCACGGACGCCAAAUCGGUAUCGCUUUAGUAGUGAACACGGCGCACAUAAACACGAUCAAGUGUGGAACACAGAUACAGCGUGGAAGCGUUCCAGUUCAUUUGGUGAAUAUGCGUUUGAUAAUUUAGCACUUGAAAUUGGUUCUGCGAAUGAAAGAGUAACACAUAAUUGUGUGGAAGAAUACAGGGAGGUGGAUACGGAAAUAUGUGCAGGAAGUACGGCAGCCUGUGAGGGAAGUACGGAAGCCCGUGCGAAAAGUACGGAAAUAACGGCAAAGCAAACGAAAAGACAAUCUCUAGCAAAUGAUUGAGCUA